AAAGGAACAUGUAUCCAUCCGGUCCGUGUGAUUUUCCCCGUGCCCUCUCCCCUUAAUCUCACGUCUGUCAAAUGGUCGUGAAUGGUCGUGAAUUCUCAGAAGAUGUGAGGCUUUGGAAAGUAGGCACGCAAAGGAAACAGUGUUCAAAGUUCUCGCAUAAUGCUAUUGCAUUUAAAAUAUAUCACGGUCGCCGAUGUUCCGAUAUAUUUACGGUAACGACGAGGAAGUAUUCGACGGGGAAAGGAGUAAAGCGAUCUUAAACGGUGCCUACAGCAAUGGCCACGACAGACAGUGUCACGAUAGAAGACCUCCGGACCGAGAUCGAGAGGCUCUCACGUGAAUUAGAUUUAGCAUCGACAGAAAAAAUACAAUCGGCUCAAUAUGGUCUAGCGUUGCUUGAGGAAAAAUCUGCUUUGCAACAAAGAUGCAACGAUCUCGAGGCCCUCUACGAAAACACGAAACACGAAUUGGAAAUCACGCAAGAGGCUUUAGCUAAGUUUCAAACAACUACGAAACUUACUACAAAGAGUGGAAUAGAGCAAGAGGAGAGUCUUCUUAAUGAAAGUGCUGCGAGAGAAACAUCUCUUCAAUCAGAAAUUAUUGAAUUAGAAAGUGAAACAAAGCAGUUACGUCACGAAUUAGAACGAGUCCAAUCUGAACGUGAUCAUGCAUUACAAGAACGAGAAGAAGUUGGCAAAGACUGUCAACAGGCAGAAACAGAGAGAAAGUCUUUACGUACUAUGCUACGCGAAUGUAGAUUUCGCGAAGCUCGACUACUCCAAGAUUAUUCGGAAUUGGAAGAUGAAAAUAUCUCAUUACAAAAGCAAGUAUCUGGACUACGAUCCAGUCAGGUAGAAUUCGAAGGUGCCAAACAUGAAAUAAGAAGAUUAACAGAAGAAGUGGAAUUUCUAAAUAGUCAAGUUGAAGAAUUAACAAAUUUAAAAAAAAUUGCUGAAAAGCAGAUGGAAGAAGCGCUUGAAUCUUUACAAGCUGAACGCGAAGCAAAAUAUGCGCUUAAGAAAGAACUUGAUCAAAGAAUUAAUAGUGAGUCCAUUUAUAAUCUUAGUAAUCUUGCACUUUCAAUUAGAGGAAUCACCGAAGAUCAAACAAUAUGUAGUGAUGGAGAAGAUGAUUCUCCAGCAUUACGUAGAAUUGAGGCAGACCUAAAAACUCAAGAACCAGGUACUUCGGCUACUGACAAACAAGUUGAUUUGUUCUCCGAAAUUCAUUUGAAUGAAUUAAAAAAAUUAGAAAAACAGUUAGAACUAGCCGAGUCUGAGAAGGCUCAUCUCACACAAAAUUUAAGGGAAUCACAAUAUGCAGUUGAAAAAAGUCAGAAUGAAUUGCAAUCCUUUGUUGCGCGCAUACUACAAUUAGCAGCUCAUGUACAAUCAUUGCAUCACCUUCACUCACAAUUGCCCGAAAAACAAACUGAAGAAGCAACAUUGGAUAAAUUAAAUCAGGCGAUAAUGCAAUAUCAUCAAUGGAGUACUAUGUCUGCACGAGAAGUGAAUCAACUUCAAAAAGAUUUAGCUGAAUUGGAAAAUGGUUUAACUAUAUCUGAUUCGACACAACAGUUACGGACGGAAUUAACGAAUCUUAGGAAUAAGAUCCCCGAGUCAGAGAAGAGCCUUCGAGAAAAGGUUGGAGCGUGUGAUCCCCUUGACCUUUUAGAUACAGAACAAAGAAGCAUGCAACUUGAAUCUGAUAUUUCUACCCUAUCAAAACUUGCAGUGGAAGCCGGAGGUUUCCUUGACUUUGCGCAGAACGAUUUACAAAAUAUUUCUGACGAGCUUGCUCAACUUUAUCAUCACGUCUGUACGGUCAAUGGAGAAACUCCAUCGCGCGUGGUUCUUGAUCACGAAAAGAUCGUUCCCGAUAAGGAAGAAGAGAACGAGAAGAUAGAAUGGUGUAGAACUUCGUUUAAAACUGAUAUUCAAAUUAAGGAUUUAGAAAGCUUGAGUAAAGCUAAAGAAAUAGCAAAACAUAUAGAAACUGCUAUGGAUCAAAUUAAACACCUCAGGAGUGCUGUGGAACAUACCAUUGAGCUAUCCAAAGUCAAGGGAAUACAGUCGAAUGUUUGUAAUGUGUGCGAAGGAUCAGUAAAUGAGAACAAAGCAGAAGUAGCAGAUCUACAAGAACAAGUGAUUAGAUUGAAGGCUCUGCUAUCAGCUAAACGCGAACAAAUCGCAACUUUGAGAACAGUACUAAAAUCAAACAAAAAUACUGCGGAAGGUGCCCUCACGAACUUGAAGAGCAAAUAUGAAAAUGAGAAGAGUAUCGUUAACGAGACCAUGUUGAAAUUGAGAAAUGAGCUUAGAAUGUUAAAGGAAAAUGCAGCAACAUUCUCAAGUUUGCGUGCGAUGUUCGCCGCUCGCUGCGAAGAAUACGUGACGCAGGUGGAAGAGCUUCAACGGCAAUUGGCGGUUGCCGAAGACGACAGGAAAACGUUGAAUCAGCUUCUACGGCUUGCGGUGCAGCAGAAGCUUGGACUAACGAUGAAAUUGGAGGAGCUGGAGGUGGAUCGGGAGUUGCGGAACACCCGGCGGCAUGCAACCAGCGCGAACGGACGAGGUAGACCGCGAUUGUCGCAACAGACGAACCGUCCUCAUUUAGGCAGAGAGUUCUUCUAGAAAAUGAUGAAGAUGUGGAGCAAAAUAUUCUGAGGAAAACGAGGAUUUUGAACGUUUUAAUUUUUUUACAGCUCGUUGACGAACCGCAUAGCCAUUGAAAACCGAUUAGCUGCGCGCUUCCCGGACUUGCUUUCCGAUGAUAAGGAAAUGACAGUUUAGCAUUUACUCUACUUUCGAAUAUUUCACACACCACUCGCAUAGGCGCAUAGAAAGACUAGAGAUUGUACAAAACCGUUUUUGUAGUACGUCAUGAGAAUAUUUUUGCAAAAUUUCGGCAGAUCGAGGACCGUUUAACUCUAGAACCACGAAAGUAAAAUCUUUCACGUUUUGUACUAGAGAAGGAGGAAAGAGGAGAAGGGAGGGUGCAUAAUCUUCGCCGAUACAAUAUCACCGGUUUAAUUAUGCUCUGACAGUAAGAUUCAAAAACAGUGGCACAUUUCACUUCCUCUCCUUCCCCUUCGAGUGCUGGGGUUAAUAGGAAGAAAAGCAAAAUCUGUUCUCCUCGUUUGUAAGGAAUAACUUUUCUAAUGAAUUGAAGGGACGCGGAGCAGAACGUUUGGGAAGCUUCAAAAUGUUCACAUUUUCUUGCACCGAUGUUGCUCCAUAUCGUAGGGAGUUUUGUAGGAAGCUCUGCCUUCUGUUACCAAUGUUGUUAGUAGAGAUGUCUGAUGACAAGCAUAGAACGAAUUUCUAUCGCUUUUGUUUUCGCGCGACUAGCACAGAAUUCUGCGGAACGUUUUGUGCUUGGACGACUCGUGCACAAGAGUGAAUCGUGCAAAGAUAUUUCGACCUUUGACGAAAUCACAUUUUAAACUUUAUUCGCUUUUGUUUUUAAGAAAGAUAACAUUAAUUGUACAUGUGUUUGUGUAUUUUAUUUUAGUCGACUAUACAUAAUAUGUAUGUUUUUAAUUGGACUUACACACAUUUAACCCAGUUUAAUGUUAUCUAUCAGUUUAUAACCACUUUGAAGAAUAUUCAUGCAUGAAUGAUUCGUAUGGUUAUAAUACCUGUUAGAUUGAGUCACAGAUAACUUCCGCCGUUUCUCUUCGGAUACCAUUCUUAGUUGACACAAGCUAAUAAUUAAUGCUUAAUCGUAUCGUACUCCUCCAGCGUUAUGAUCGGUUCAAGGAUCUUUCUGCAAUAAAAGUAUUCCCCUCGUAGGGUCGUGCAUCUCGAGAGACACAGCGAAACAUUCGGGACCAGAGGAAAGUGCGACGCUACGCAGGAAAUACUGAAUCAUAGUUGCGAAACGAAUGAAUUUGUUUAAAGAAGUAUGUGACACAGAUAGUCAAAGUCGAUUCUCAAAUGAUGUUAACAUUACAUUAUUUACGACUUCGCUCACCUUGUGGCCAAAAUUAGGUUGUUAGUUCCGUCCUGAACAUAUUAAGUUUUCUAUUAUCUUAUCGUGUUCUUUCUAGUUUUAUAAUCACUAAGUAUAUGAUUUACGGUGUGGUGCCAAAGGCUACGAGUUGACUAUUCUUGCUUCGAAAGGUACAUUGAACGUUUCUAAAAAGAUCCACAAAAAUGUAAAUUUCGUUCUCUUAAGAUUCUCGCCGAAUAUUUUGUAGCACACUGCACCAUUGCGCGGCUCAAUUUUCAAUUUAUAUAACGUAACCGCACGGUGGUUGUUUUUGAAACAUUAUUGUUCGAUUUCAUUGGAUGAAAUUCUUGAACGUUUAGGGUGGCCUUAGAGGGUGUCGAAACGCGACGCCAAAGAGGAAGCACUGUAAACACGAAUGGACCUUAAUUUAAAACACAGUACGCUUCUCUUCACCUUGCUGGACGUUAUGUGUGACUCAAAUGAAUACAUGAAGACAGGUGCAAGUUCUUUCGUAUUAACGGGGGUGCAUGACAACAACAAAAAAAGAAAAGAAAGAGACAGAAGAAAAAUGAACGUAUACUGUUUUUUAGGUAGACGGACAAGGAAAACUAGAAUUUUACAUUGCAUACCAUAGAGACAAUAUUAUUGUGCGCGACAAGUAGCGUUUAUAAUCAAAGUAGAAUGAAAUACAUCGUAAAUGUUUAGAGUCAAAGAAUAGAGAAAAAAAAAAGAAACGUAAAGAGUAGCGAGAAUAACAGAAUUCUUAGGGACCCAUUCUCCGAGUAGUAGAGCAUGUCCAGCAAACAAUACCGUUCACAACUCUGCAAAGCGAAAGAAAACUGUUGCUUCGUUGUCGACUACGUUAUAUUGUAAACCCGUAUUUUUUUGUUCGGGGAGGGUGGGGAGGGUCGUCCAUUUGUCCGGUCCAAUUUUUUUAUAGUUUGUGGUAUUUUUUAAUACGAGAGAACCCCCUUUUUUAUUAACCCAUCGCGAUACUGUGUUCAUUAUUAUUCGAGAAAAGGGAGCACUGUGUGUUAUCAUUGAAACGUAACUUGGCCUAACCAGGUUUGAAUUCAAUUUCCAUUGAAUUUGGCAGCUUCUUAUUGAUUGUAUCGGUAUCGGUACAGUCUUUUUGCUGUAUUCGAUAUUAGACUUAUUUAGUGUACUAUUUUAGUUGUUGUUUAUUUAUGCAUAUAUCUAUUUAUAUGUAUGGUAUAUCUACUUGAACGAUUCGUAUUGAUCGAGACCAGCAGUUAUACUUUUUACUUUGAUAUUUCUCAUUGCUUAAAUAUAUAUUAACCGAUCUCGUUUCGUAAGAUCCGACGCAGCUAUUUAUGUGAAAAUCCGAACCAAUCGAUUGAGUCUGAGUGCAAUCAGAAGUGGACGCGUAUUUCCCGCGUAACAUACGCGGCCACAUUCUGACCGAUCGCUUCGUACGUGUGUACGGCUUGGUUCCCAAGUGGCGUGUGCCUGGAACGUUCCUUGUCAGUUGUGAAUGUGAAAGUCUGUUUAUACUUGAAAUGUUAACUCUUUACAAGCAAACGUAAAUCGGUUGUUCACGAUCAUUGGACCGCGCGUUUAUUAAAAUUCGAGCAGACAGCAGCUUAUUUUCUUAUAUAUACGUAUAUAUUAUAAUAGAAAUAUAUUAUAUUAGAUAUAUAUUAUAAUAUAUACCUAUAUAUAUAUAUUAUAUUAGAUAUAUAUUGUAAUAUAUAUCUAUAUAUAAUAUAAUAUAUUAUAUUAUGGUAGAAGUAUUGAGUUUGAUUCGCAAUUUGUGUAAAUAUGAAGAGCAACGCAUUGAAAAAUAGAAAUUAGCGACGCGAGCGUAGAUCACUUGGGAACCAUGCAUUGUUACUCGUUUUUUACUGUCUGUUCGUUCCUUUCUUUGUCGCUCCGUUCUGUGUGAGAGAAAACAGAACGGUUGUAGAAAUAAGGUAAACAGAGAAAUAGACCAUAAAUCGGCAUGUUUGUAUGCGGUUGUUUACGUGCAACCAAUAUCCUUGCGAAUUUUACUACACGUGCGUGCGUAUUUUGGUAAAUGUGAAAUCAUGCACGACGCGUUUGGUGUAUCGUGGAAAAAUAUUUAAAUUGAUUGUCGAUCGAUCAUUAUAUUUAAAGUCGAUAUUAACGAUUAACGUGGAACCGUCUCUAAUCAAAUUUGUUAUUAGCGCUAAUUAGUCUUAUUACCUUUAUUAUCUAUUAUUAUCUAUUAUUAUUAUUAUUGUCAACAAUAUUAAAUUAUACAUUAAUUAUCGCGAUACUGCUGUAUAAGCUUCGUCGCGGUAUCCAUAUGACGAGUACCUAAAGAGAAUUUAUCGAUCGUUCAUUGACUAUCAAUUGAUUGAUUAGUUGUCGCUAUUAUUAUAUUCAUACCGUAUUAUAGUUACUCUAUAUUGUUGCCUGUGUCUACGAUUCUAAUCAACAGAGAUCCUUGUUUAUCGAUUUAUUUUUCCGACUUUCUCUUCUUUUACUUACCACUAUUUAGGAACUAACAGAAUAAAAAAUGCAAAUCAACAUUUA